GACAGAGUCUGCAAUAGUUGUAUAUCGUCUGUGUUGUGAUGAUAGGAUGUUGAAUCAAAACAUGUAGGAAAAACGUCUGUUUUGUUGUGGUCAUCAAAUGACACAGUAAUUUAUACACACAGAUUACUUUUCAAGAAGUGAAGAUGCGGUGAACGUUAUUUGGUCCGUAUAUUCAAUUUCGUGGAAGGCUAUAAUCCAGCGUAAAAUGUUUGCUGGGGAAGCUGCUGACCUGAGCAACGCCGGUUUAUUGAAGCAACUGAAAAAGUUUGGUUUCAAUUCUUUUAAGAGUAAGCUGCAACAAGAUGCAACGCUAAAGAUCCUCGAAAGGAAACAAGAUGUGUAUGUUUCAAUGCCAACAGGAUCUGGAAAGUCCUUGUGUUUCCAGUUGCCUGCUGUUAUCUACAAGCACAAGGUUGCAGUGGUAUUUUCUCCACUUCUUGCUCUUAUAAAGGAUCAAGUUGACCAUCUUCGACAAAAAGGAAUUCAAGCAAGUGCCAUAAAUUCAAAUAUGCGUACUUCAGAAGUAAAGGCAGUCAUGAAAGACCUGUUGAGUGAACAUCCCAAAACUCAACUUCUUUAUGUGACACCAGAGCAGGCGAGGACAGAGAAUUUUAAGAAUUUGAUGGAGGAUCUUUCUAAAAAGAAAAAGGUGUCUUACAUUGUUGUUGAUGAGGCCCACUGUGUGAGUGAAUGGGGUCAUGAUUUUCGUCCAGACUAUGUUAAACUUGGACAGUUGCGUACUAGAUAUCCAGACAUACCAUGGAUUGCACUUACUGCAACAGCAAGUAAAAAGGUAGUUGAAGACAUUUUCAAGCAACUCAAACUCCAUGAACCAGUUGCAACUUUCAAAACUCCAUGUUUUAGAGAGAAUUUAUUCUAUGAUGUCGUCUUCAAAAGUCAAAUAAAAGAUGAUCCAUAUGAAAAUUUAAAGGAUUUUGUGAUGGGCUGCCUGUAUACCGACAGUGCACCAUCUAUUAAGGCUGCUAAUGGAUGUGGUAUUAUUUACUGCAGAACACGUGAUGCAACUGAAACUGUUGCUUCAGUACUCACAAAAAGAGGUAUACGGACACUGGCUUACCACGCAGGUCUGAAGGCAGCAGAUCGAGUUCAAGUUCAAGAAGACUGGAUGGCUGGAAGAGUGUCUGUUAUAAGUGCCACAGUUAGUUUUGGAAUGGGCGUGGACAAGGCCACAGUGAGGUUUGUGGCCCAUUGGAAUGUUCCACAGAAUAUAGCAUCUUACUACCAGGAAUCAGGCAGAGCUGGUCGUGAUGGGAAAACAGCAUGGUGUCGAAUUUAUUACAGCUCAGAAGAUAAAAGAAGCAUAGACUUUCUCUUGAGGCGUGAAAUUCAGACUGCUGCAAAUACUAACAAAAUGAAAAGUGCUACAAAUGCUUAUGAAGAAUUUGAAAAAAUAGUGGAGUACUGUGAGAAAGUACGGUGCCGACACAGUAAUUUUUCGAGAUAUUUUGGCGACAGUGAACCACAAUGCAAUAAAAGAUGUGAUGUGUGUAGAAAUAAGAAGUCUGUAGAAAUGUCAGUGCAGCAAUUUUUGAAUGAUAUUUUCCAUAAAACAAGAGUCAGUCAUGACUAUAACUCCUACGAUGAUGACCUAUAUGAAGGAGGGCGCCGUGGACAGAAAAGAUACCUGGAGGACUAUCGAAAUGAUGAUGACAGUGAUGAUAAUACUAGUAAAAGAAAGAAUGAUGAUCUGAAAUUUAUUAAAGAGCAAUUAUCUCUGAGGAAGCCUUCAAAAUCAUCUUCUACUGACGAUGAGGUAAAACCAGAACGUGUGAGAGUUCGAGCCUCGGAUUACACGUCUUCAAAGGUUUCUGGCCUCACAAUAUCGGCUCGUGAAGCUUAUCUGGAUCUUUUGACUGAAGCAUUAUCCAAAAAUCAUUCGACAAGCAAAAUUGUAGAUCCUCCUGAGGUUGAACUUACAAGAUCGGAUAUUGAAACUUGUGCAAUAGAUAUGGAAUAUGAUAUUUUUUCCAAUUGCACUGUUGCUAGUCUUUAUCGCCAUUCAGUAUCAAAAAUGAUAUCUCAGAUAAAAAAGGAAACCGCUGCACUGUCACUACAUAAAACUGUUAAGGCCUUUGCUGGCAACAAACAUACUCCCAAAAGACAGGAUGGACAGAAUAUAUUUGACCCAGACACCAGCCCAACAACAGCACUUGCAUCAUUUGUUCAAGCAUCAAAAUUAUUAUCUGCUUAUAAAAAUGCAAAACGUAUUGCACAUACUGCGAACUAUAAAACUUCAAGUUCUACUGCAAGAGAUGACAAAUCUCGCCAACAGCCAAGUAUAAAAUCAUAUUUUCAAGAUUUUUCAAAGUUAACUAUACAAAAAGACAUGCCAAAAGAAUACUCUCAUGGGAGUAACAGUUCAAAUACUGUUGCAGAUUCAGACAUUAGUAUAUCGUUCUCUGGAUCUGGAAGUAAAUGCAAGGACAGAGACUCAAGCUACCCUGAUUCUGAACGUACAGUCUUUUCUAAUGAAGGAUCACUGUCCUUUGAAUCACCAGGGAAAGAUUCAGAAGAAUCUUUAGAUGCAGCUGACAAAAUGUCUGUACCUUCAUCUGACCAACACAGAUCUCACUCAAACAGUCCAGUUGUGAAAGAGCAAGAUAGUAAGGACACUUUAAACACUACAAAAAAGGACUCCAUUGGAUCAGCUUUUAGUGCAGACAGUAAGGAGAACAUAAUUCUGCCUCUUUGCAGUGGAGGAAAUGCAGAAAAUGAACAGAUUAAGACCAUAAUAAAGGAUGAAACUUCUGUGUCAGAUAUGGGCAGUGAAACAGGAAAGGAGCUCUGUAAUACUGAACUCAAAUGUGACUCAACAAACAGUGGUUCUCUUAGUUCUGACAGUGAUAAACCUUUAGAAAAUAAAAUUGUUUGUACCCUGCAGGAUGAGACUAAAAUCUCAACAGAUGAAGCAGUAGUAGGUAGUGACAUUUCGCAAAACUUAGAAACAAACACUGUUUCAUUGCCUAAUGAUGAUGGAUGUAGUUCAGGCAAUGAGACUGAUACAAAAUUAUCAGUGCCCUCUCCUCAAAGUGAUACCAAAAUUAAUACUCAAGAAGAUAAUCAAAUUCCGCAGAUCAGUUUCGAUACUGGAAUGAGAAAGAUAACACCUGACAUAAGUGAAAAGAAUGGAUUAACAUCGAGUAACAAGCAGGGAAUAUCAGACGUUUUAUCUGAAAAGAAUUUGAUUCCUGAAACCAAAUGGAAUGAAACUAAAGUCUGUGCUGUACAAACAGGAAGAACUUCACCUGCCAACCUGAGUUCCAUUGUAAGGCAAAAUGUACAUAAUGAAGCUGAAAAAAAUGUAGUAGUUCCUAUCUUGCAUUCUCAAACUCAGGUUAGUGCUUCUGCAAAAGAUGAGAAAAUUUUGAAUUGGAGAAACACUGAUCUUUACACCAAGAUCAGAGAUACAGCAAAUGUAACUGGUAAGAGUGAAACUGAGACCAAAGAAACUGUGCCAUCACCAUACCAGGAAUGCUUAAAAGAUACCUACAACAAAAUGAAAACUGAAGUAAAACUAAGUUCUAAGGGUAGCACAUUAGGGUGCACUGUAACUAAAGGAAAGCCAUCAUGCAGUCCUUACAGAAAAGGUGAACAUCAUUCUGCUCAUAAGGAUGUCAAAAAAAUGCGUGAGAAAGCUGAAGUUGCACAAAAGAUAGUGAAAAAUUUAAUGCCCUACUAUGAACAAAAUCAGAUAACUUCAAGAAACCUCUUCAAGCUCAUAGCCCGAAAUCUGGCUCAUAAAUACAUGGAGGAACACACUACUGUAGAUGAUGAUCUCUUGAAGGAUUUUGUUCAUCAGUACAUUAAGGUACAUCAUGUUAUAGCUGAUGAUACUUCAGAGAGGUAAAUUUCUGUGUUAUGAAUGUAUGUGAUGUGUUGUUCAGUACAAAAUUAUUUUUUUUACACCUAAUAAAAAUUUAUACAAAACAUUACUGUUUUUAAUUAAUUACACUGAUGAUUUCAUUUAACAGAACCUAUGUAUUUUGUAUGCUGUGCAGCAAAUGAGUAAAAACUGGGCUUGAACUGAACCAAGAUAGAAACAAAUGUGUACAAUAUUAAAUUGUUUCUGUGUUACAUUUUCAACUAUUCAAAAGUAUUUCAUGUGUUGUUAUUCAGGGAAGAAGAUU